AUGAAGCACAUGCCUAGAGCUCAGAACCAGAUAGCUGAUGCUCUAGCCACGCUGGCAUCCUUAUGGGAAAAGGGUGAUCAGAAGCUGACCCAGCCAGUUAUCUUGAUGAGGAGUAGAAUCCCAUGCUAUGAAGGGUUAAUAAUAGCACAUUUAGAUCUAGAAGAUGAGAUGAAAUGGUAUGAGGACAUAAGAAGAUAUUUAGAGGUAAGAGAAUACCCACAGUCAGCCAAUAGUAGGGAUAGAGCUAUAAUUCGUAGAUUAGCCACUCAGUUCACUUUGGCUGGGGGGCAACUCUACAAAAGGUUCUUCGAAGGACUAUUGCUCUUAUGUGUGACGAAAAAACAGUCUGAGCAGAUAAUGGAGGAAGUACAUGCAGGAGUGUGUGGUCCUCACAUGAACGGAAGGGGUCUUGUGUCAGAGGUUGCCACCAUUGGUCCCUUGGCCCUUCCUCAUGCCAUUCCACUACCUUUUUUUCCCUCUGGGAGAGUACUAGGAAGUACUGAUCAACCGCAGUCUCUCCCUCACCUCAAUGACAUCAAAUCCUAG